AAGAUUUAUUUAAUGAAUGCAAAAGGGGAUGUAUCAGAAGCAAUGUAAAAUCGAUAAAAUUUUGCACAAAGUCUCUUAACAAAAUUAAGCACAAAUCUUCUAACACAAUUUUGCACAAAAAGAUACAUAGAUUAUGUUUGUAUUUUAAAAUUGGGAAAUAAAGAGCAUCGAAAAAUGCGUCUACUUUGGAGCCAGGAGAUGUAGGCCUAAUUUAUUCCACGAGGGCUCAAACUUCAAAUUCACAAAACCCAGGGCGAGGGUGACUGUGAAUAUGGCACCGCUGAAAUCACUGGAAACAGAGUAUCCAAUAAUAGACGCCAAUUUCCAAAACUUUUGCGCUUCUCAUGCCAUUUUCUCAGUGGAAGAUUUCGUCCUACAUGACCUCUAUCAGUUGGCUGCAUUUGCUGAGCAGCAGCCUACUUCAGAGAGAUUGAAGGAGGGAAUUACUCAAGUCUUCAAUAUAAUAGAUAAUCUGCAUCAACCAUGGUUGAAUGGUAUGGAGUUGUUGGAAGAUUAUCUGCAGAAUAAACAUGUUUUGUCAAGUGGGUUUGAAGGGGUUGAUUUGCUUCUUCAAGGUGGACUGCGUGAGGGACAAUUAACAGAGCUAGUUGGCCCAUCAUCAUCUGGCAAAACACAAUUUUGUCUUCAAACUGCAGCAAAUGUUGCAGUCAAGAAUAUGGGCUAUGUAGUAUACUUAGAUACUGGCAACUCAUUUUCAGCUCAACGCAUUGCACACUUUGUGGGUCAGAUCACUGACUCUGCUUUUAUCCAGGCUAAACAAAAGAUUAUUCAAAAAGCAAUGAGUAGCAUUGUACGUCCCACAGUGUUUGACAUCUUCUCUAUGUUUGAUGUGCUAUGUCAGCUUGAGUUUGAUUUGAGAUCUCAGAUGGGCAGAGGAGAGUAUCGGGUGCGAUUGCUUAUUGUUGAUUCAAUCUCAUCACUGAUUACCCCAGUCCUUGGAGGCAGUGGUUCACAGGGACGGGCUUUGAUGAUAUCUGCUGGAUUUCUGCUAAAGAAGUUAGCCCAUGAGCAUAAUCUUGCAGUAUUGGUGACCAAUCACACAGUCGGAGGUGAUGGAGGUGUUCCUAAACCAGCGCUUGGAGAGAGUUGGAAGAGUGUCCCACAUGUCAGGCUAUGUCUCUCUCGGAACUGUGGAAGCAACAUUUGCAAUAUGUCCAUUCUAAAACACCCAUCUAUGGCUUCUGGCAAGGCAGCAGACUUUAUGAUUGAGUUAUGACUGAUUACAUGGUUUACAACCUGGUCAUAAAGGUAUAAUAGCGGUAACAAUAGACAUCAGUGUUGUAAAAAUGAGCUCUUUUGGUUUUUAUAAAAUCAGAUUUAGUUGACACUUAGCAAUUAUCUUUGUUCAAGUUUUCCUUCAACAAUUCAACUGUGAAAUUAAACUUAAUUGUAGAUCAUCACCAAACUAUUAUUUGAUUUUAGUUUGUAACUGGCACUAAAUUCAGUGGUUAGUUUGGGUUUUUAGACACUUGGUAAAAGUGUUUAUCAUAAUGAAUUCAAUAUUGGUGUUGAA